AUGGUGCUAUAUGAACUUGUCGCAGCUUGUGUGAACCUAGUUAGGUUUAUUAUAACGGCCAUUUUAUACCCAUUCACUUCUCAAGCGGCCAUAACAAAUGCCCAAUCGCAGCGAAGACUGCGGAAUCAAGAUCCUCGUGCGGCUGCGAUACAAUUCAAGAGAGAAUUUGAGGAGAAGUAUGGAACCGCCCACCCUGAUUUCUUUGAGGGUAGCUAUUCACAGGCUUUAGAACAUGCAAAACGUGAAUUGCAAUUUUUAAUGGUGAUUCUUCAAACCGACGAACAUGAUUACACGAUUAGAUUCAACAACGAGACUCUAACCUCGCAAGAUCUGAUACAAUUUCUCCGUGAGAAUAAUAUUUUAGUGUGGGCGGGAAAUAUUCGGGAUAAAGAGGCAUAUUUAGUUAAUAAUAAGUUAGAGGCCACCACAUAUCCAUUUGUGUCAAUUAUUGUUCUCCAGACCAGCAAUGGGAAUAAUGGAAAGAUGGUUCCUGUCGAUCGAAUCGAAGGGUUGUCAACGCCAACUAUUUUAAUUGAACGCCUUACUAAUCAAAUAAAUCAACACAAUCCUGGGCUUCAGCGUAUUCGCCAUGAACGUGCAGAACGAGAUGCAGCACGACAAAUACGCGAACAACAAGACACAGCAUAUCGCAUGUCACUACAGGCCGAUCAAGAAAAAGAACGGAAAGCACGUGAAGCAGCAGAAGCAGAGCGAAUGAAACGCGAACAGAAAAAAAAGAGGGAAGAAGAACGUAAAAAUCUUGCUGCGAAGAAAGAAUUGUGGCGACGAUGGGCUUUAAGUCAAUUACCGGCUGAACCUGCGCAUAAUCAAAAUGUGACUCGGCUUGGGUUUAAAUUACCCGAUGGACGGAGAAGUGGACUUUGGCCAAGUGCUCAAUUAUUAGUUGAAGGAAAUGUUGAUGAAUCAGAGGAAGAAUAG